AUGUCACUCGAAGCGGCGGGGAUUCCUGAAAGGGAAAAUGAGGAAGACAGCGGCAUCGUGAAUCAUCAAACAGACAGCACACAGCCAUUUACCCAGAUGGACAAACAAGGCGAGAUGGCUGAACUAGCACGUCUCUCACAGCGCAAUGCUGAAUUGCUGCAAGAACCGUUAGGAAAAGUGGAUGAAAUCCUACUCAAGUGCCUUGUGAAAGUACAGCAGAAUUGCAUCCUCGCUCUCAAUACUCUCAUAUUCUCCACUCUUACCGCCAUCAAGCCAAUCAGCGCCAGCGACUGGAGGAGCGUAAGUGAUAAAUACAGCACUUCUAGGAAUCUGCAUAAUCUAAGCCUCAAUGUUAAUUAUGCCUUCGUGACACACUUGAACGCUCCUAUUCGUGGUGAUCUAAGUGAGAGAAUCGAAAGAAUAUCCUACCUCUUCUCGCCGAUUGAUGCGAAACUUGUCGUUGCUUUGGAUCAGUUUGCUGAUGUUCUUGCCGUUAUGACUGGUACCGAGGACGAAGUUGACUCUGAGAGUGAAUUGGAGAGAGUUCCCUCACGAACAUCGUCCCAAAAAUACUCCUCCAACUCCUCAUCAUCAAAUGAGGUCUACGACACCCUUCAGUCUCAAAUGUCUCAGCUAAAGCUAGAGAUGCGCACAAAUCAUCACAAAGAAAACGACAUGUGGGUAAAGGUUGAGACAUUCAUUAACCUCAUCAACAUACUCUGCAUGGAGAGAGAGAACACGAGUGAAAUGCCCCCAAGUUAUUCGGACCUAUCUAUGCGCUCCAUCCACCGCCAGCUCUCCAACAAGUCAGUAUCCAGCGCCAGCGUAGGGUCAAGCGUCCAGGACGAGAAGAUGCGACGUGAUUUGGAGAGAGUGACAGAUUCCAUCGACAGACUCAUGGGAAUCACCCCCCAGCUGGCCGGUCAGAGGGUGGAGCUAUCGCAAAAGCAGGUCGUCGAGAUGGAUUUGGCUAAAUUGGCUGGAGAGGUGGAAGCGUCGGUCAAGACGAGCAAGUCUGAAGCCAGCACGAGCGGGUGUGCGAGUGUGAUUGGUAGUGCAAACAAAAGCAAACAGUCAAACAACGGCGUGGGCAAGUUUUUCCCUAAAUCCAUCAGUUCGCGCCGCAGUGAUAACCAGAUAAUCAGUGGUAUUGAAAAGGCUAAUAACCGCAGACUCGACAGUCAGCGCGUCGAAAUGGGCAGCCGUUUAAAAGAUGCUCACACCAAGAUGCGCGACGCCGACCUCAUCGACAUCAUUGAGAGAAACAGCAUGGGGAGAAUGGUGCAACAGGAAAGUCAGUUUAGUGAGGCCAGCAAGCUGCGCCAGGGAAAUAAUCCGCGCUCUAGCAGAGACUCCAACGACUCGCAAACACAUAGUAUGGUAUCGCACCAAGCAUACCUCGCAGAGCACAACAUAAAUGUUGGUAAUGUGUUAGUGCAGUUCAAAACUCAACUGCAUGGCCAAUCCAGGGAGCUUGAAGUAGAGAUAGACGAGCAGGACAGAGACACCGCGGUGUUGAAAAACCUAUCCAGCUACAACGUCCGCUUGAACCUGCCUACGGGAGUGGUGUGGCCGCAACACAGGACGGCAAAGCUGGUAGAAAAAGACCUCUUCGAGUUCAACCUGCAAGUGACUCAUCAGUCAAGGAAGUCACUUACAACGCCAGCGGUAGAGCCGCCAUCAUACCCAUUUAGUGCUGUUGACUUUGCCGUGACCAGACCGUCCAGCUUUUGCUGCGCUAAAUGCGGUCGAGACCUUAGCAGCGGGGAGCUUAUCCACAAUUACAGAGAUCUCCCGUCAGACAAUUGGUCUGAGCAUGUCGACAACUGGAUGUGUCACCCUGCGCAGGAACUUAACGCGGAUUACUACCGUACUUCGCUCAGCGACGCAGCUAGUCCCGAUGAGGCCCUCAUCGGCAGCAAUUAUUGGGUCUUCCAUAAGAAAAACAUGGUGGAGAGGAGUUUAAAAGUGGAAAGUAAUGAGCAACAAAUAGAGCCGACCCUGAAGUGUGUCUGUGGCAGCACCGUGGGUAGUGUGCAGGGCGAGGCCUUCUUUCGCCUCAGCAAGGUGGCCGUGAGGCCCAUUGCACAGGGCACUGCCUACCACCGCUAUAACAUCGGCCACUACAUCUCCGCAGAGCUUGUCGACCAGUCGCGCAACUAUGGCAGCUACCGCUACUUCCUACAGGAUGAGGAUAGUGGUGAACUGAGGCUGCUGGUGUGGCUUUUCAACCCUCUCGUCCGACUGCGCACAUCGCAGCUCAGCCUAAAUGCCACUGUCGACGCGUGCAAAUUAUUCUGGAAGACGAGCAAGGAGGAGCCCUUCCACGACAAUCGAAUGGGCAAGAUACCGAGACUGUCGUACCCUGGUUGGAUCCUCGAUGAGUUCGAGAAGUUGCUCAUGCACGGCAUCGCCUCCUUUCUCGCUGAUUCUCCAAGACGUUUCUUCUCCGAUUGGCAUAUAGGAUAUAUCGAGCGCGUGGGCGUGCCUAAAUAA